UUCAAAUCGAACUUGUUGUCAUUACAGCACAAUACAACACAAUAUGGCAUCGUAUCUGCUACUUGGAUUAUGUGGCUUCCUUCUCUUUUGUGCUGUUGUGGACUCGCAAAAUGCACAUGAAGGUUAUGGAGGGCAAAGGGGAAAUGCUCCCCCCGUGCUGAUUGGUCCCCCGGAAAGUCAAGUUUAUAUACGCGGCCGAAAUGACGGGCCCUACACUGUACCUGGUGUUGAUGGCGUUUUCCAACACAGUUCCUCCGGUGGAGCGCAUGUCUAUACAGAUGCCCAGGGAAAUACCUAUUCACAUCAAAAGAAAGGUGCUGAUAGAGCUGGUAGCCACAGCAUAAGUGGACCUGGCCUUGUUGCUCACAACUCACAAUCCCCCGCUCCAGCUCCACGUUAUACGCGUAGUCCUCAGCCUGAUUAUCAGGUUUCCCGACCAGGACAUACAGUGGACUAUGGCAGUGAUGGAAGUUUCUUGGCUCAACGUCAAGUGCGUAGUGCCCAGCCCGAUUACCACGUCUCCCGACCAGGUCAUACAGUGGACUAUGGCAGUGAUGGAAGUUUCUUGGCUCAACGUCAAGUGCGUAAUGCCCAGUCCACUGUACACGUCACCCGACCAGGUCAAACAGUAUACUACGAUAGGGAUUCCGAUAUUCACGUCUCUCGACCAGGUCAUACGGUCAAUAUAGGUCGUGAUGGAAGUGUUUUGGCUCAACGUCAAGUGCGUAGUCUCAAGCCCAAUCACCGCGUCCGUCGUGCGAGAGUUCAAGGUCAAAAUUUUGUUGCUCGCGAUGAUCAAGCCGGCGUCUGGAAUGACAAUGUCUCCGUCUGGAAACGUCCGGAUGGUCGCACUGUUACCGUCGAUAAGAGCGGCAACGUUAUAACUUCGGGCAGUCCAAAUGGCCGUGGUCCACAAUACUAUCCCGGGUAAAUAUAGACUGAUCAACAAAUGAAGCUAUUUGAAAACAAAUAUUUCGAUCAGUUACUACGAGUGCUGUAACAAUACAAGCGUGUACAACAUCUUGGAAUCUGCACUUUCCAUUACAGUUUCCAAUAAAUAAAAUAAAAUAAAUUGAUUACUAAAAACAAGAAAAAAAA